AUGGCACUCAAGUUCGCCCAGAGCGCAGGCGGCGGCCUGGACGACGGUGGCCCCACGUCCCCGUUCCUGCUGGGCGGCGUGCCGUCCAGUCCGUCCCCGGACGACAAGGGCCGCUCGGGCAGUGGGGGCGGCGGCGUGCCCGGCGGCGUGGGUCCCCUGCUCCCGACGGCCCAGCCCCCGGCGUUCCCGUUGCUGGGCGGCAAGCAGCCUGGCGGCUUCCCGCUGUCCCUGCUCUACGGGCAGCCGUCGUCCUACCUCCUGGUCGGGUCGGCCCCGUUCAUGCCGCUGCCGCCGCAGGGGGACCUGACCCGGGGACUGCUCUUCCCGCCGCUCCACGCGGGCUUCGACCCGCUCGCCAAGGUACUCCACGCUGAGCGCAUGGCCUCGUGUCUGGACCUUGCCGCGCGGUCGUACGCCCACCAGCGCCCCGGGUCUAAGGGGGGCGCGGACGGCCGGAAUCCGCUCCUGUCGGCCCCGACCCUGCCCUUCCCGUGGCGCGGACCCCACCUGGACAUGAUGGGGGGCUCGGACGGGGCCGGGGGGUCACCGCCCCCCUUCGGACAGGACCGCGGAGGGUCGCCGUCCAAGGGACUGGACCUCAAGCGAGCCGACCACUUGGCCGGCCCCCUGGGUUCUCCCAAGUGGAGCCUGGGACAGGCCACGAGCUGCCCCGUCUGCGGAGUCACGCUGGCGCAGGCGCAGAUGGCGGACCACUUCCAGCUCGAGAUGGACAAGCUCGCGGAUUUCUACAGUUGCCGUCGCUGGGUUGACCGGUCUCACGAGGAAGCGUCUCUGCCGGAGCCCCAAGUGCAAUGCAGGCCUAGCUACGACGCCGGCAAGCGGUCGCCGCUUUCUCGUUGGGAGACAUACCUCAAGGUCCGUGGAAACCGGCAUCAAAGGCUGAACGCCCUCUGCGGUCGACGACGCCGAGCAGAACUCCCGUUGGACCUCCAGUCGGCGGACGGUUCCCCACCGGGCACACCGCACGGCAGGGGGCCCCCACCUCCGCCGCCGUCGCUCAAGGUGGAACUCUCAGACAACGCGUACGACCACGGUGAGUCGCGGCGCCCUUCUGACGUUCCCGGCGAUGCGCUAACCCUAACCCUCACCGGGUCGGUGCCCGACGGCCCGAGUGGCACCGCCGACGAGACGAUCCGGUGGAAGUGCGUCGUGUGCUCGGAGCCGUACCGGACUCCGCUCGUGUCCGUCUGCUGCUGGCACGUCCACUGCGAGCGCUGCUGGCUUCAGACAUUGGGAUCGAAGCGGCUGUGUCCACAGUGCGACGCGGUGACGUGUCCUUCCGACCUGCGCAAGAUCUACCUGUGA